GCAAAAGCGGAAAACCCAUCAACACAACCAGCGGGCGACAACAACAUCAUCAUCAUCAUACAAGGGAAACCUGUGAAAUGUGAACCCAUUCGCUAAUUUGUGUUGCCUUCCGAUGCUUCCGGUGGGUGUCUUCUGUACUGGUUGGGCUUCGUGUUUCGAGUGCGUGCUGCGUCUCCGUACUUCUCGCCAUUUCUCGCCUGGCAAAGUGUGUGGCAAAGUUCUUAACGCGUCGUUUGGUGACACGUUAGCACCUUUUUGGGCUACCUUGUUGGUCAAUUGGGUUUUAUUGUGGUGAAGGAAAUCCCCAAUCCCUCCUUCGCGCGAGAACGCGUUAUCAUCAUCACUGCCAACGUAUUCCAUCGCUUUUGCCACGUCACUCACAGACGACGAAGCGGCGGUGCUCCGCGGACUUAUCGGUGGAGAUAAGCGGCUUGAUUUUUUGUCUUCUUCGUUCCCUCUGCUAUUUGUUACUCGAUUUCACUAUCGUGCACACGAUUUUAUCUCAUCUCAAAACACACACACCCAUCAGCCCACUCAAUGGGGGACAGCGAGCGAAUCGAUGUGACCGAUGGACCCUUUCCUGCGCAGUGCAUUUUGCCACCUGUGUUUUAUUAGUGUACAGCCGGGAAUGCUACCGCUUUGAGGCUCCCGAUCGAACGUCGCUUCAACGAUAAUCGCGUAUCGCGAAACAGAACAAAACAAAAAAAUGGCCACCGAACAUGAAGAGAACCCAUUCGUGGAGGCGCUCAACUCGGCCGCCCUGGGCGAACUGCUGCAGGACGCUGAGAAGCGCUCGCUGGCGCAACAGUUCCAGGACAAUCUGCGCGCCCUGUCCGACAUGUUCGUCAACCUGUCGGACGAGGAGAAGCGCCAGUUUGCGAGGGAUUUCAAGGGCAAGUUUGUGAAAUCGUUAGCUCAGCUGAAUGAAUUUUCCAAGCAGAAGAAAAUCGUUCAAACAAGUGCACCGGGAAGGGAAGAGGAACCGGAAGGUUCGAGGUUGAUGGAUACGCUCGCCAAACGUAUGCCCGGCGUGGGUAUGCUUUGGACGGAACAGUUCCAACCGACACCGAUCGGGUACGGGCUGUUGGCUGGUGUGGUGGUAACGAUCGUCGCAUUCUUCGGCUACAAGCUGUACCUGUCGCUCACGGAGAAGGAACGCAAGCGCGAAGAGAAGCUAAAGGCGAAGCAGGAGAAGAGCAAAAAGAAGAAAUGAUUCCCUGCCGGGAGGGGCAGUGGCACCACCGCUGGCGGCGGCACCGGUGAUCACUCAUCGCAUCGAACUCACCAGAGACAGCAGCAGCAGCCGUCGUUGUCGUCGUCGUCGCCGCCAGCACAGCACAAACAUUCCAGAGGAAAAAAACUUGGCAAGGCCUAGCGAAUCCAUACCACGUAAUAAUUACACGACAACACAGAUAGGAUGGAAGAGAGCGAUAGAGAGAGAGAGAGAGAUGAGGUAUAUUUAUGGGAUAUAUCAGAAACCCCGUUAAUCACCAAUUUUUGCAGAACAGAUAAGUGUAUAUUUACCCUCCCCAACAAUUGAAUAGCUAUUAAAGAGACUCUCGACUGUUACAAUUUUCCGGGCACUGCUCUUAGCAUCAGUAACUUGAUUCGUUUCCAUUUCCCUCCCCCCGCGACGCAACAGUAUAAGGGUAGCAGCUAUAUAGUGUGUUCACAGUUUCCGAUUAUACAAACCGGUAGAGGAACGUAUUACCUUCUUCAGCUUCAUUUACAGAGGACGUAGCACAGAUUGCAAGACUUUUCUUAUCUAGAGCGACCGUACGUGUGUGUGUAUGUCUUUUUUACGAUCAGUUGAAAACAAUAGUCGAGGAUAAUCCAGUUUUGUUCGCAAUAGCUAUUACGCAAGGGACAGAAAGGCGAUACUUCAAUUAGCAGGAAGGUGAAACAGACGAUAACAGCCACAUCCAGACACACAACACACACACGGUACACGCAAAGAAGUUUAUUUUCUCGUUUAUGUGCAAGAUAAUAUAUUUUAUAGAAGAAGUUGAUGAUGGACAAAGGCGAACAGAGGGAGCCGGACAACUACGUUUAUAUUGAAAAGAAUAUAAAUAAUGUUUCAAAUCAA